GAGGAUAUGUCGAAUUGCAAGCCCAGAGACGAUGAAGUUGAUACAGUAAGAUUGGUAUGCUUGGUCCUGAGUAAGCCUUAAUAUUUCACAUUCAACCUUGCCUUCUGUUCGAGAGUGUUGCUGCCUUCACCUGGACCUCUUAUCGCCUUUAGAAUACCUCUCUCACCACUCACCGAGAGCCACUUCACCUCGCUAGCACUCAACUAGAGUACAUAAGGUACUAGAACAGCUACCUUCUUCCUGAAACUUUCUCUUCUUCUCAGUCCUCCGAGCUUGAUCGUCGUCAGGCAAACUCACUACGCAUACACCAGACUCAGGAGCACAGAAGCUACUUUACAGACUGCCAAGAAGCUACCAGUAACCAUCGGCACGGUCUCCGAAGAUGCCGCUCCUCGAUAUGCCACCGGAAGUAUUCGAGAAUGUCAUACACGAGCUAGUUACUCUUGCUGGUAUCCGUAGGGCUUGGAAGCUUCGUGGAGUCUGCCGUACCUUCAAAGCCACUAUAACAUAUAAUGUUUUUGCAAAGCAGCCUGUCAAGGCAUUCGGGUAUCGUACGCAGCGCAUCUUCAGUGAGAAUUCGGGACGAUACCUCUACUAUCGAAGCAAAGUACUUCUCGAUGCACAUCCCGAUCUUCCAAAUAUGGUAAACGACAUGGUCAACCACAUGGCCAAAGGAAUGAACAAGGAUACAGGAAACGAAAAGGAAACUUUGCGACAAGGUCUCUGUGACUCUCUCCAACUUUCCCAUGAAAAUCUCCUAUUCUGGUGGGUUUUCAGACGUGAGACACCAGGACUUCCAUUAGGCUGGAUGUACCCUCAUCCCCCAUUCGGACAUCUCGAUAAGCUGGUGGCCGAAAUUUGCCUAGGAUAUCAUUCCCGUAUACCCGCAUUGAUGCAGGGACUACCAAGCUUUGAGGGCCACCAUAUCUUUGGUGCACCCCUGCAGCUUGCAACGAAGCUUGGUCACAAAGCUGUCAUGAAGGCAAUGCUGGAGAACAUUUCAGCAGUCCUGAAUGAUCCGAAUGAUCCGAGGUGCACACGGGAUGCUAUCAUAAUGGACAUGUGCAUAUUCGUGCAUCCAGGUCCCUCGAAGCUAUCCAUGAAGCAUUCUUUCAUAGGAGAUGCAGUCGUCACCGCAAUCUGUCAGAACGAUGAAGACCUCCUCAAUCUUUUGUUGGGCUGGUACAAGAGCCAUGCAUUCGCCAUACCGGCGAAGGUUUGGGAUCGCUUCUUGAAGACUGCAAUUACUCGGUCCAGCCUUGCAAUGAUUCGAGCUGUUGCUACACUCAGGAGCACCAGACGCCGUUCCGCUUGGAAGGUUAGAUGGAUUGAUUAUCAGACAGCGUGCGAGCACAAUCGCGAAGACGUAAUACGAUUCUUCCUCGAUCACGGCCACAUCGAUGUCAACAACAAGGCAGUUGCUUCAUCCCCACUAGUCAAGGCUGUGGUUGUAGGGCGCCCGAACAUCGUGAAGAUCCUUGUCGAAGCCGGUGCGGACGUGAAUUACGUAUCUACUUGGAAAUCGAAGCAGACAACAGCCAUCCUGGUCGCGAUCAAGAGGCGGAACUUCAAGAUAUCUCACUAUCUUCUGGAAAAGGGUUCACAUAUUCCUCAAAUCUCGAAUGUGUGGGAUGAGAGAGGUCUUAUGCUUUGCUACAAGUAUAUAAAGCUUAAAAGGAUGGAAGACGGCUGUCGCGGUUUUCCGUCCUACACAGAAUUCUGCGGUAUGUCACAUGAAGUGAGGGGCAAGCUUUGAGUGUACUGCAUGGUUUUCUUGGGUUAUUUCCAGCUAAAAGGAUCUGCGAUUACAGGGGCGAGUCUUCGUUUGAAGAUUAAGGCGCUACCUUUUCAAAUAUGAGGGGAGCCUGGUCAAUGUCUCCACUCUUAGCCCAGAGCUUUGCGGGCGAGCUUGACAUUUACAUGCGUUCAAAAGUCAUCUUGAGCUAUACCCUUAGAGGGAAAACAAACACCUUGAUUUUGAUAGGGCGCUGGUUUGACCGUCAACUUGUAAUUACAUCAUCGGAUUCAGGCGCCAGCCUUGCGUACAAACACAACUUCCCCUCUGCUGCCGCCUCCUAGUCCAUUUCAGUCCCCACUCGUUCU